AUGUCGCCAGCUCCGUCGAAAUCGCUCAGCAGCGAGCAGCUCGUGAGCAUCCUCGAGGCGGACCCGAGCUUCACUGCCGGACUCGGCAAGGGCAAGGGGCCCGUUCAGACCGGCCUCACGAGCGCGAAGCCCCAGAAGCCGUUCUCGAGCCCGGCCCAGGGCGUGUGGCCAGGUCUGGUCGCAGCGAUCCUGAUGGCCAUCGCGCUGGGCCUCUGCAUCCACACGGCCUGGCAGGCGCUGGCUGACCAUAGGGCGGCACAGCGCGCACACGCGCAGGAACUCGAGAUCAUCCGGCGAACAGGCGAGGACGAGAAGCUGCGCGGCUCCGGCUCGGGCGGGUCUAACUCGCCCCGAGACUUGAGGGAACUCCGCGAUGCCCCGCCCCGCGACUGGAAGCCUGACGGAGACGUUGAUGCCCUCCGUCGUCUGAAUGGGAGUGGGUCUGUUGGCGUGCUGAGCGCCCCUAGCGCGACUUCCCCGCCCGUUACCAUUGACCAUACGAGACGAUACCAUGGGGCUGUGUGA